CCUCUGCCUAGGGGUUUUUUUUUUUUUUUUUUCCUCGGCCGCUAUGAUGCCCAAGUCCGCUUCUCAUCGCCGCCUCGGAGACUUUGCCGAGACACUGCGGCCCUUCCUAGCCGGCUGUCUCCGAUAUCAUGCUGUUGUCAUUCCGUUGCAACGCCAGUUCGGGUUUCGCCUUGCCGUUGCUCGGCCCCCUGCUUAGGAAUGCCUGUAGUAAUAAUGACGCCUGCGUGAAGCCUUCAGCGCUGAACACGUCAGACAUGUCCCUCUUCUAUGCAGGAGCUCGCCAAGGCAACAUUACUUGCUGGUUAUUGAGGGAAAAGGAUACGAAUAAGCAGGAGAUUGGGCUGCUAUUUAGUUCCAUAUAGCUGGACGGUCAAGAAUAGCCAGCGUUGGGUGUAAAAACGUCAACAUGCAACAU